AUGUCCCACCGUCAAUGGUUGUGCAGCGUCUGUUCUGCUCACUUUACUCGGAUGGAGCAUCUCAGGCGGCAUCUCAGAUCACAUGACAAUGAGCGGCCAUACGCAUGCGCGCUAUGUCAGAGAACCUUUACGCGAAAAGAUGCAAUGAAACGUCAUGAGAAAACAUGCAAAGCACAGCCCAGUGUCAUCAAUGAUCAUGACACGCUGCCCCCCAUGUAUAAUAGGGGGAAUGGUCACAGUGCCAACGAAGCUCUUUUCCAAAACACAGACCUAGACGUAGCUGGCGACGACGCUUGCCUAGCCAAUAUUCCUACUUCGUCGGAUUUCGAAGCCCUCGAUCUGUUGUACUCCCAAGAUCUAACACCAGAUAGCACAGCCCUGGCGGGGAGAUUAGAAUUCCUAGCAUACUUUACAAGCGCCAAUGGGAUGGCGACUUUCUUGGACCAGGAUACGCUCAAACAAUGGCAGAUGAUGUUACUAGAGCAUGAACGACAUAUUGAAGUGUACGGAUACGACUGUGACGCGACGGGCCUGCGUGAGACUUGUCAUUCAGCUAGGAUACACGUCUUUCCCAAUUCAUGGGGAGACGCCUUUGAGACUACGAUCGACCCGUCUGUGGUACAUAUGACCCCUGACGACUCAGAUCUUCUUUUUCUUAGAAGUCAAGAGAUCAUUCAUGAUCUCCGAGCUCUCAUUGCUCGGAAAGCGGACCAAAGUAUCAUCGAGCUGGACUGGAGCCCCUCAGUGCAAGAAUCAUGCAGUACCUUGUUUGCACCCAACAACAUGCGCCGCUUCUUGGGAUAUUUCUGGUCCCUCUGGUACCCAAACUGUCCGAUUGUGCACCGACCAUCUUUUAAUCCACAGACAGCACCACUGACCCUAUUAUGUGUUAUGGUAAUUAUCGGGGCUUGUCUUUCACCCCAUGAUGGAGAUGAGUUGCGUGCAAGGAUGUGGCUCGACACUGUGGAAGAAUUGGUAUUCAGCAACGAGAUAUUCCAGGAAAAGUCUGCCAUGGCAACCACACCACCUGUCCUCGAAGGACAAACAGAAUGGAAGAAGAGGCGUGUAGAGUGCCUGCAGAUGACAUACUUAAUAUGUUCAUUACAAAAAAGAGAGGGCUCCAUCAAGGCACAGACGAGAAGUCGCAGAUACCGGCAUACAAUGAUGGUCACGGUAAGUCUUCUCAUGUCGGUACUUUCGCUGUACCGCGGGUGGUGGUGA